CUUGUUUUCACGGCAUUUCCCGAGCUCGGCGUCCACAGCGGCCUGACGUGCGGGUGAUGGGGAGCAGACGCGUGCAUGUUGAAGACUAUAUGUAACAAAACAUGGGCUGCGCACCUCAUCCUCGGACUCUGAGAACAUGACGCAUGACGCGGACGUCGCAGCGGAGUGCAGCGGUUUCUCCAGAGCGCAGCGGUGGUUGUGCCUUUCUACGCAGCUCUCCAGCCUCUUCUCCCCCCUCCUGCUGGGAUCAGAAGGCGUCACAUGCGGCUGAGACGCACUCAGAUAACAUGUCUGUGGAGGAGAACCGCAGCCUGCAGGAUCUGGACCAGCGCUGGAGGCCAGCAUGCCCGCACCGGAGGACCUUUUUAUAACCAUUGCAAACCGUAUCUCUUAAAUUUAGGCACUUUACAUCAAUUCAAAGACUGCAGCCAUGGCUGAUGAGAGCAGCAGCGUGUCCCAGCAGUUAAAGAGUGUGGAGAGGAGCAUGGUGUUCCUCCGGCAGGAGCACCUCACCUUGCUCCACGGCCUCCACCUGGAGAUCCUCUCCCUGCAGAAACGAUGCUCAGAAUUGACGAGCGAGCUGAAGGUGGUGCCUUCAGGCAGAAGCCAAUUAGAGUUACAGGAGGAAGAGGAGCUCCUGGAAGAACAUUGUCGCCAUGUGGAGAACCGGCUUGAAGAGCAGGAUUGCACCUUAGGAGAGCUGCGUAAUGAGCUGACUCACAAAGGGGCGUUGGUGGGAGCCCUCAGAGCCAAUCUCAAAGAAAAAGAGCGCCAUUUCCUGGAGGAGCUCAAGCGACGCAGCCACUGCUCGACCAUCCUCAACACAGAGCUGCAGAAACAAACAGAGGCAGCAGCGUACCUCUCCUUCCAGCUGCACGCUGCGAGGCAGAAACUUCACCACCAGCGGAUGCAGCAGAGGCAGGUGCUCCUCGCCAGGGCCAACAGUCAGGGGGCCAAGUACGGUGCCGAGCAGAACUCCGUUUCUCCACACAUGCCGUCAGGAGCCUCCCCUUCCUCCCCUGUGGUAAAACCGAAGCGUAAGAGCGGCAGGGCAUCUUCGAGAGUGGAGCGUUCCCGGGAGUGCGUGCCCAUAGAGAGAGUGAUGGGCCCUGCAGAGCCCACAGCCAUGCCGGACCCUGCGCUCUUCCUUCACCCUCGAAGGCACAGAGCUCGAUCCAGGCACACCGUGGCACAGAGACAGACCCCACUCGGCAUGGAGAGGGAGGAUGAGGAGGAAGGAGGUGGGGAGGGGCCAGUGGAGCCCCAGGAUGAAGCUGCCAGACUGAUGUCUUCAGCUGCAGUGCCCCCUGCUGCUGAGACGAAGGCAGACUAGGGACUACUGUGACCUGUGCUUUUAACUGCAGUGUGAUCACUGUAUUAAUAUCAUAUGUCAGACUGUUAAUGCUGUGUUCUGCACCUUGACCCAAUUGAUACUGAGACUGGGUUUAGCUAUUGAAUUAUAUCACACUUACCAUAGAAACUUUUUUUAAUUGACUUUGAUAUAACCUCUAUCAACAAAAAGAAACUCAGUGAGUGUCACUUUAAGUCAUUCUUAGAUUAAAUCAGAUCUAUCUGUUUACACUGCUGCCACAUGCUCUGUAUACUGUGGGGCCUGAUUACAAAGCAAUCUCUUUUCGAUUUACGGUGAGGGGGAGUUUGAAGAGGGUAGCAGCCAUUUUGGGUGGACUACGAGCCCAGCUGUGUGGCCCGACCAACUGUGACCUUUCAAGGCCAACCAUAAAUCACUCAAUGUGGGCACAUGUUUGUGUGGCCUGCUGAGAAUAGCUAAGGCAACAGACACUUCCUGUUUGAUGUCCUCCAUGUGAUGAUUGUAAGGAAGUAUGUUUUUCAGUAACUUGCAGUUAUUUCACUUUUGGGUACCUUUUGAAUUCGUGACUGUGAACACCAUUCUGUUACCACAGUGUUUCAUUGUUUUUUACAUUUUAUACCUUAUUUACAGAAUAUACUUUCUGAUUUGCCCUAAAACCCAACAACAGACGACAAUACUCCAGAAGCUAGAAUUCAACAGGCUGUUGAGUUUUAUAUUAGAAGGGUACUUGGACAGCACAUACUGUAACUUCUCCAAGGUAGUGUCCUAUCUCACAAUGUUAAAGAGAGUGAAAUAAAAAUUCUGGAUUUGCCUGUUUAUCCAGAUCGCCAAAAUGUAAAGGGCUCUGUCUCGGGUCAGUACAGGAACGGAACCCUCUGAACUAAAUGGAAUUUAUUUUCAAGUCAGGUCAAAAUGUCUGAUGUGCAAAAAAUACAAAUUUGACCCCAGCCGUACUUAAAAAAUGAACUUAAAGAUAACGUCAAUCUGCUCUGCAUAAUUACUACAGACCUCUUUGUUUAUUAUUUUAUUAUUAUUAAUUUUAAACUCUGUGCUGUUGGCUCAUUGUGAAAUCAAACCACAAAAACAGGAAAAACACCACCAUACCUACCACACACAUGCAGGACAUUAUUCUUACUUUCAAAACAUGAUUUUGAAAUAAUAAUAUUAUUCUUCCACCAAUACGUAAUUAAUAUCAGUUGUUAACUAUUUUUUACAGAUGAAAACUAAAUUGGCAACUUAAUUUAUUUUAUCAGGGCCUGUCAUAGGUGGAUGCAAAGUUCAUUCAGUGGUCGUAACUUUGGCCUCGUGCAAUCUUUGAAUCCAGGGCUGAACACACAGUAUUUCAUUGUGUUACUCAAAGCUACACACCGAGACAGACAUUUGCAACUUCUCCUCUGUAGUGACUGCUUUGUAUAAAUAGACCACAUUCAGGUUAUAAUCAGUUGGGUCUGGGUGUGGUUUGUGUACUAAACAAACACACGCAAUCACACACACAUGGACUACUACUUCGUCAACUCAUUUGUGGUUGAGCUCGUUGGGUUGGUGGGGUUUUUUUCACCUCAGGAAAAAAUGGACAAACAGGAACAUAAGUGUAGGUUCAGGUUUGUUUUCAGCUGAAGGAUGGUCUCUACCUGCACUGUGUUCAUUUUCUGUUUUACACAAAUCCCCAAAGACAAGACACUGUAAAAGACAAGACGGCAGGCUCAGCUGAAUGAUAUUAAUGGAGUGUGCAUGCGUCCACUGUCAUGUGCACAUGGUGGCCCCUGGUGUAACAAUGAGCAAAUGGCAUCUUUGGAAAAUAAGCAGUAGAAAGAAAAUCAAACUAACACUUUCAAUGACUGUAAUUCAAUGCAGGACAUACUUUUCAUGUUAUCGCUUACAUGUAUCACUGCUGAUUAUUAAUUCAAUGUUCUGAUGAAUACCCCACUGUAGCUGCUGCCUUACUAUAGAGGAAAAUGGAUGCUAGCAAAGCAGGACUCUGAACAAAAUAUGGAGACGUAUAAGACAUUUAUCUACUCAAGUACUGUGUCCUUUUGUUUCUACAACACUUUUAUAAGACGCUGUGGGGUUUGCAUAUAAAGGUUUUUCUUUAUUUGAAAGUAUUUUAUCCGAGUCGGUCGACAAUAGAGCCAGGACCUGACUGAACAUCAGUUACUCUGACAGGAGCCUUCCCGUAAGACUGAAUCUAAUUGUGGUUAGUUGCUGUGAGGCUUUUCUUGCCUUCUACAGCUACUGGUUAGAAGUAUAGGAUCCUGUUUUAGUAGUAAAUGUUCAAUAAAGCAAUAUAUCAAUAUAUUUAUAUAUUAUUAGUAGGUUACAUCCACUGGAAUAAGUACACUUGAAGUGUUAAAAUAGAUUAUUUAGAUUGUUUAACUUUGUAUAUUGCUACUGUAUGUUUUGCUGAAUAUUUUUCUGAAUUGAUUUUUAAAAAGUUCUGUUGAUUUGUCACAUGAUUAAUUGUGUUACAGUUUACAGGAGGCAUGUAGGAAUCAAGGAUAUGUUGUGUGUAAAGCCGCAUUAAGAAAAGGGCAUAUUGAUGCAGCAUGAGACUGGAUGAAAAGGCUAUCUUCUUUUUUAGCAAAAAUGCAAAUGUGAUGAGGGCUUUCGUUCGCCUCUUAGCUGGUAAGCUAUUAGCAUAACUGUGUGCACUAUUCUUCCUCUGGUUUUAUGAGACAGUUCAAAGCUGUCUUCUUUAAAACAGUUUUUUUUCCUUCCAUGAACAUAGAGACUGUUUGACCUCAUGACAUCAUCACUCCACUUGUCAUCCAAAUGAAAGGACAGGUAGAUUAAACUCUCCACCCACCUUCCUUAACACUGAUUUCACAUCUCAGAUGCUUUGGUAUUAUGUAACAUCUCUGAUGAAUAAUCAAAACACUGGCUGCUAUAUAUGCACCCGAGCUGCAGUUUGUCCAAAGCCAAGACUGAUGACUUGUUUGUCGGCUUUGAAGGAAAAACGCUAAUGAGCCAAAGAGGCCCACCACCGAAAUUAACACAAAGACAGAAUGGUGUGGUGCCUUUAUGAAGAUGUCUUUUCAUGAAUAUUUCAGCUAAAGGGAGUAACUCUUCACCGCCUGAUUUUUUUCUAAUCCUCAGAGCAUGUCUAACUUCAUCACUCAAACACCACAAGACAUUUUAUCAUUUACUCACACCCACGGAGAACGUCUUCCAUCUUUCUAAAUGCCUAUAUCAUAACUCUAAUCCUCAUAAUAAAGAUGCUAACAAAUGUCAGCAGCAGAAACACCUCUGUCUCAUCCUGGUUGAGAUCAAAAUGUUUAUUUUUAGGGUUAUGUUACAUGGGCUCUAGCAAUAAUGCUGUGUGGUACCCGAUGUGAGAAGCAGAGAGGUGAUGCUCUGGGUCUUUCUACGGUUUUUGGUCCUUGGCUGAGCACAAGCUACUGACUGGUUACCGCAUAUACUGUGUUUAGCUUCCUAUACUGAUCUACUGUACAUAUAAUUGGAAUAAAAUGGAGGAUUGUC